CGUCCGUGCGCACACACGUACAUCGCGGUGUUGUCGUUCUCCGCCGGUUUAGGAGGUACCAGAAUCGUACUUACAUAGGUUACCGCAGUCGCGUAGUUGCGCACCAUUGUGGUCGUCGUUGUUGUCGUACCGCUCAUACCGCGGUCGCAGUCUUAGUCGUCGCAAUCGCCGUCGCGGUCGUUCGGAAGUUCACGCGAUAUCGUUAGUGACCGUGCUAAGUUUUUUCUUUUCUCACACAUGCCGCGAAAAUAAUAUUGUUAUUAUGUAUAAAUAAAUAACGCGGCCAGUGACAUAUUAUAAUAUCGUUAAAAUAAUAAUUGAAUUAUCCUCGAGUGUUUCGUGGUUUGCCCAGAUUUUUGUGUUAUUUCCACGAUUUUGUUAACGAAACGAUCUAUAUUAUAUUACAGCAAAGAGAACUGAUCAAAAUCACACCUAUAACGCAUAAAAAUACAAUUGCAUUAAAGUCGAUUUUCUUCUGGUCUGUUUCGGUGGAUAGCGGAAAAACCCGUAGACCCAUAAUAGAGUUACGCUAAACUGAUUGCAUUAAGAACAACAGAAUAAAUCAAAAAAUAAGUGAACCUUGAAAUCAAAGAUGUUAAAUGAUCUACUAUCAAAAUUAAAUAAAGCAAAUACAAAUAGAUAAAAGGGAAACAAAAUAGUUUUCUGUUGUUGUCGUCCAUUUGAUCGGCGUAUCAUCUCUUAAGAAUAUUCGGGAACAAAACACGGCAUCGAGCGAAGCGUCCAAUAGUUGAGAACUCGUGAAUGUGCUCUUGCCCAAAUAGGCUCCUGAUCGCUUUCAAGUCCAUGCUGUCCUCCGUAUUUGCUGCGAUUGUCAACGACAUUUGUGGUUCUCGAGAGCAACUUGACGACACUAACCGUCAUCAACAUCGUUGUGGUUGCCAUUCUUCCUUCACUGCCACAGCAGCCAACAUCGUUCACCACUGCCGUCGUUUAACGACGAUCCGACCGGACCAGGUAGCCGGGCACAGAUGAAACCAUCAUCACCGUCUCAAUCGUCGUCUCCACCGUCGCUAUCGACAGCCGUUUUCGGCUUGAUUGUCGACCGCGACCGGCUCGGGCAACACAUUGUUCAAAAGCACAGGAAGUCAUCGCCAUUAUAGUUCGAGUCGACCUCUCGACGGGGGGGUGGAGGGCUCUUCGAUGUACGCGCGAUCCACUACUACCACAGCAGCAGUCGCCACUACCACCGCCACUGACCGCACUGACGACCGGCGUCGAUUAUGAAGAAACACAAACGCGAACACUUGGAUUGCGGCUGACGACGAUAACUGAACUGCGGUCCCGGGGGACACACACACGAUCACUUGCCAGACACACACACUACACAAGUCAUACACACACAUACCCAUACCCGUACACACACAUACACAUACACACACUUACCAAACCCACCCAUAUACUCAAACACAUACCCGCAUGACAUACGCCCACAAAGCAUACCGCAAACGACAUCACGACAUAGCUGGCAUCUGUACGAUACAUACAUAAUAUUUUUGUAUGAUAACAAUCACUCGUCAUAGCGCCCUCUCACCCCUCGUCCAAUCUAACUUGUUUUCCGAACUGCUCACGCCGUCGUGUUUUCGAAACACAAUUUUGUAGAUAUUAUAUAUUAUAAUAUACGAUCGAUGUGAUAAUAUGUUUUCACUCGAGACCGCGACGCGAAAAUUGUAAAAAUCUAAUACAAAGCGAUACCGUGGUCACCGUCAUUGUCUUAAUCGUCCGCGUCGUCGUGCGCGCGUUUAAUUUUGUCUGCCAAUAUGGCCGAAACGAUACACUCGAGCAAACAUAGCUAACAGCCUACUCCUGGGUAACAAAGGUGCACCCAUUAUGCCAGGGGGCCGACGAGGUCUGGUCGCCCCUCAAAACACGUUCUUGGAAAACAUCAUCCGAAGAUCGAGCUCCCAACCAGAUAGCAGCUUCCUUUUGGCCAAUGCUCAGAUUGUCGACUUUCCGAUCGUCUAUUGCAACGAGUCGUUCUGCAAAAUUUCCGGAUAUAAUCGGGCGGAGGUGAUGCAAAAGUCAUGCCGAUGCUCGUUCAUGUAUGGUGAUCUCACGGACAAAGAGACGAUAUGCAGAAUAGACGAAGUGUUGGAGAGCCACUACAACGAUCAGUUCGAAAUUUUGCUCUACAAAAAGAACAAGACACCGUUAUGGCUGCUGAUGCAAAUAGCUCCGAUCAAGAACGAGAGGGAUCUCGUCGUGUUGUUCUUGCUCACGUUCAGGGACAUCACGGCGCUGAAACAACCCAUCGAGUCGGAGGACUCCAAAGGCGGAGAUCUGUUAGCAGGCCUGAGCAAGUUUGCCAAGCUGGCCCGAUCCGUGACCAGGAGCAAGACACUGGUGUCGCAGUUCUCGUCGCACCCCGUUUCCAUCAAGGACUCCACCAGACAUGUCCAGUCCCAUUUAGCGCACAUGAUGAGCCUGAACGCGGACGUAAUGCCCCAGUACAGGCAAGAGGCGCCGAAGACGCCGCCGCACAUCCUGCUGCACUACUGCGCGUUCAAGGCGAUCUGGGACUGGGUUAUACUAUGCCUGACGUUCUACACGGCCAUCAUGGUGCCGUACAACGUGGCGUUCAAGAACAAGACCAGCGAGGACGUGUCUCUGUUGGUGGUCGACUCCAUUGUCGACGUGAUAUUCUUCAUCGACAUCGUGCUCAACUUCCAUACCACGUUCGUCGGGCCCGGCGGCGAGGUCGUGUCCGAUCCGAAAGUUAUUCGAAUGAACUACCUCCGGUCGUGGUUUGUUAUCGACCUGCUAUCUUGUCUACCAUACGACGUGUUCAAUGCAUUCGACCAUGACGAAGAGGGUAUUGGAAGCCUAUUCAGUGCUUUGAAAGUUGUCCGGUUGUUGCGAUUGGGAAGGGUCGUUCGAAAACUGGACAGGUACUUAGAAUAUGGCGCUGCAAUGUUGAUAUUGCUGCUGUGCUUUUACAUGCUGGUGGCGCAUUGGCUGGCCUGUAUUUGGUAUUCUAUAGGACGGUCCGACGCUGAGAAUGGAUAUCAAUACUCGUGGCUGUGGAAGCUAGCAAACAUCACGCAGUAUCCGUACUCGUACAUUAUGUCGGAACACGCCAAUUCCACGGAGCUAGUGCACGGUCCGCCGCGAAAGACCAUGUAUGUGACCGCGCUGUACUUCACCAUGUCGUGCAUGACGAGUGUCGGUUUCGGGAACGUUGCCUCAGAGACCGAUAACGAGAAGAUUUUCACCAUAUGCAUGAUGGUCAUUGCGUCACUGUUGUACGCUACGAUUUUCGGUCACGUCACCACCAUCAUACAGCAAAUGACUUCAGCUACGGCUAAGUACCACGACAUGUUAAAUAAUGUCAGAGAAUUCAUGAAGCUGCACGAAGUGCCAAAAGCGCUGUCCGAGAGGGUCAUGGACUACGUGGUGUCUACGUGGGCAAUGACCCGGGGCUUGGACACGGAUAAAGUGUUAAAUUAUUGUCCGAAAGACAUGAAGGCGGACAUAUGUGUUCAUCUAAACCGAAAAGUGUUCAACGAGCACCCGGCGUUCCGGUUGGCCAGCGACGGGUGCUUACGCGCUCUGGCCAUGCACUUCACAAUGAGCCACUCGGCACCCGGUGACUUACUCUUCCACACCGGCGAGUCAAUCGACUCACUGUGCUUCAUCGUAACUGGUUCGCUAGAAGUCAUACAAGACGACGAAGUGGUCGCCAUCUUAGGUAAGGGUGAUGUAUUUGGUGAUUCGUUUUGGAAAGACACAGCGCUAGGACAAUCUGCAGCAAACGUCCGUGCUCUCACCUAUUGCGACUUGCACACCAUCAAGCGUGAUCGGUUGCUAGAAGUGUUGGAUUUCUACCAGGCGUUUGCAAAUUCGUUUUCACGGAAUCUCAUACUGACUUAUAACCUUCGACAUAGGUUAAUAUUUCGGAAAGUUGCGGAUGUUCGCCGAGAAAAAGAGCUGGCUGAAAAGCGAAAAAAUGAACCACAACUGGACGAACAGCGAGAUCAACUGGUUAGAAAAAUAUUCACCAAGUUUCGAAAGGAUCGAGCUCCCAGUCAGGUCCUCGGGAUGCAACAGGGUGCAGUAGCGGCGUCGGGAACGUCUGCGAUAACGGCGGGUUCUGACGAGAGCAAGUCUGAGGUCGCCACCGGCGACGCUUCGGACGGCGUCGGCGGUGGUCGUCCCAAAGUCUUACCGCUUGUGCUCAGGCAACAGAGCGAAGAUCAACAACAGGCAUCUUGUUCGUCGACAGGCCUCAGAACAGUAGCAACUGUGGCGGCGCCCAAAAAGGUAUCUAAAUGGGGUAAAGUUUUGGGUGGUGGUGGAAGUUCUGACUCGGCAGACGCAUCUUUGAUGAGUGCCCAGAGCGCGCCUUCCAAGAUACGUGACUCACCAGGCCGGUCGGUCGGAAACGGUCACAAGGUAUUCCCAAAGCUACAAAAAGUACCUACUACCGCCGCCGAACCAUUUAUUGGCGUAGGCGGAAGCCAGCGACAGGAAACGAUCGAUGAAACGGACGAAAGGGUUGGUGGCAGUAGCAGCGGUGGUGGUAGUGUACCAGUACCGGAAGAAGAAUCCACAACUCCAGCGCCGCCUCAACAGUACCAGGUCACAACAGUUGAAUCGCCAUCACCUCCACCGCCACCGUGCCCUGCGAUGGUUCUGCCACCACCGCCGGAUUUGGACGUUCUGGCCAAGAUCGAAGACCUCCGGUCCGAUCUCCGAGAUGAGGUACGAUCUAUCAACCAGCGACUAACGGCCAUCGAAGAUAUGAUGGUCCGGAUCGUUGGGAAGUUGGAUGCUCUGACUGUCGCCUCACCUGCUCCAUCACCGUCUCCAAUCGCAUCGCUUCGGCACCGGACACGCCGGAAGCAGGACGCCGGCCUGGGUGCAGCCAAAAGUACAGAUGAUCUAAGCUCGCCAGCCACACCCAAACUUCCACCAAUGGUCCGGCGGCGGCGCAGCAAGUCCCGAACGCGAUCUUCGUCAUCUGCACUGCCACCUAUGCGUCCGUUCAGCCCCAGAGAUACGUCGCCGCCGCCGUUUCCCCGGACUGAUUCGCUCAAAAAGCCGUGUCCGCCUCGGCCCAACGACUUCCUGUAAGCACGCUGUACAAGCGGCACACAAAUAAUCACUGCAAAAAAAAAAAAAACUAUUAUUGACAUCACAAUAAUAAUUAUACAAUUAUGUGAUAACGAUAUUAUUACUAUU